AUGGCAUGUCUGGCAGGCGAGUUUGCUAUGAAGGAUUUGGGGUCGUUAUCUUAUUUUUUGGGUAUUCAGGUAACACGGCCCGAAAAUCAUAUGUUUCUUUCUCAGUCAGCUUAUGCUAAGGAUAUUAUUCAUCGAGCCGGUAUGGACUCAUGUAAGCCCGUUGACACGCCAGUGGAUAUGCAGUCCAAGCUCAGUGCCCAUUCCGGUAUUCUUCAUGAUGAUCCUACCAUAUAUCGUAGCCUCGCGGGUGCGCUUCAGUAUCUCACUUUCACCCGUCCAAACAUCUCUUAUGCGGUUCAGCAAAUUUGCAUGCAUAUGCACUCUCCCACAACUGCUCACUGGAAUGCUUUAAAACGGAUUCUUCGAUAUAUACAGGGUUGCCCUGACACUCGACGCUCCACCUCCGGCUAUUGUGUUUAUCUUGGGGACAAUCUGAUUUCUUGGUCCUCGAAGCGGCAGUCGACAAUCUCACGUUCUAGUGCUGAAGCUGAAUAUCGCGGAGUGGCGAAUGUUGUUGCUGAAGUUUGCUGGCUUAGGAACCUUCUUCUAGAGUUAUGUCAUCCUAUUUCUCGUGCUACUUUGGUUUAUUGUGACAAUGUCAGUGCAGUCUACUUGUCUGGUAAUCCGGUUCAACAUCAACGUACGAAACAUAUUGAACUAGAUAUUCAUUUUGUUCGUGAGCAAGUUCAGAAAGGUCACAUUCGCGUUUUGCAUGUCUCGUCUCGCCAUCAGAUUGCUGACAUCUUCACUAAAGGUUUUAAACUCAUUAAUCCCAAUAAUCCAACAACACUACAAGAAACAGGAGUAGGGGCGACUGCUUCGUUGUCGCUAAAGGCCUUUUUCUCAAUAGCGACGACUUUUGUUGCUACUAGAAGCCAACAGCAUGGUAGAACUGUACCUGUGGUAAUAACAGUUGAUUUAGUAAAAUAUUAUCAGAGCCAGUUGUAA